AUGGCACGAAGAUUUCAUAUGAAGUGUACUGAGUUCAAAAUCCCAAACGAAUCAUUGAGAAGCCCGUACACAAUUCCCACAGUCAGAAGCUCUGUACCUGAAGAUAAAACAUCAGCACCAUCCAAGAACUUCUUAUUUUAUGAGCAGACUAAAGAAUUCUUUGCAAAUCGCGAGAAUGGUUCAAGUGGAAGUAUCCAUGUUGGGUACUGUGAUGACUUCACCAAGCAAAUGAUUGGAUCAAGCGUGAAUGAACAGGAGCUGACAGAUACUGUAUUAUCUGAAAAAGCUCAAGCAAAUUCUCAACCACUUGCCACCCACUGCCAGCCAAGCCAGACACCUCUCAUGAAGUGCAGCAGUCCAGAAAAAAAACUGGAACAUUUGAAAGUAGCAAGUAACUUGUUACCAACCUCAGUAAAGGAAACAAAUGCUGUGUCAGAUACAGCCUUUGUCCAUGUGAAGCAGAAAAAGUUCCAGAGUUCUCCUGAGCAUUCUUUAUCUGUGGGCUGUGAUCCACAGUUGUUUAAUUCACUAAAUCAUUUCCUUCCGCCCACAUGUCAUUUCUGUGGAUUGUCUGGGUCCUUGAGAUGUACACAAUGUAAGCAUGUAUAUUAUUGUUCUGUGGACUGUCAGAGGAAAGACUGGCAAGAACAUAGUGUUGCAUGUAAACCAGUUAAACACAAAACAGAUAUAGCAGAAGAUAAUGAAAAAUCGUUGGAUAAAAUCACAAUAAAGGCCAAUUUAGUAUCAGUGGAUAACAGUGCAGCCGAAGAUGCAGACAAGAAAAUAAUGUUCCCUGAGUUGGAUACAUUAGGACUCAAGAGAAGCAUGAAAGUGCAGGGUGCAAUAACUGUGUUCAAUAAUCCUAAUGAUUUCUAUGUACAAGUGAACUCGCAAGAGAUUGUAAAUAAUAUCAGCAAACUUAGUGUGAAGCUGAAAGACUACGAUGGAGUCAUUCAAGAGGACUAUAUUCCUUCCAAAGGAGAAGUUUGUGCUGCAAAAUAUUCCUUGGAUCAGACCUGGUACAGAGUGCUAAUACAGGAUGUGGAUAUCAUUAAGAAGAGAGCUCAGGUGCUAUACAUAGACUAUGGAAAUGGAGAAAAUACAUCACUUGAUAGAAUCAAACGCUUGCAUAAAGAUAUUGGUGUCUUUCCACCCUGUGCUAUUAAGUGCUGUGUUGCUAAUGUCAUCACAGCUAUGAAAGAAUGGGAUUCAAAUUGCAGCAGCACUGUUGCUCCACUUCUUAUGGGAAAGUGUUGCUCUUUGACCAUUGUUGAUGUUCUAAUGGGUGAGAUGACAUCCUUUGCUGUAGAUGUUGUCCUACCUGAUUCUGGUAAACACUUGCAUGAAAUACUGCUAGAAAUAGGACAAAUACUUUGGAAGAAUUAACUGGUCUUUAUAGACUAUGGCAACACAGUUUCUGGCAAAACAAAUAAAAGCUCCAAUCAGGAAAAGACAAUAGAGGGUAGAGAUGUCGUUCACAGUGGUUGCCUAAUCCCACAGAUUGAUUCACUGUCUGUAGGAGAUGCGUUUUUUGGUAUGGUUGCCCACAUACAGACACCAGGAUACUUUUUUUGUCAGCUUCUAGAAAAUGGCCGCAAACUUGCUGAGUUUCAAGCAUCCCUAAGUGAAUACUGUGACAAACUCUCCGCUGUCCCUGACUUCUAUCCAGCCGUAGGAGACACAUGCUGUGCCCAGUUCACAGAAGACAACCAGUGGUAUCGUGCAUCCAUUUUGUCUUAUGCAUCUGAAAAAACUGUACUGGUCGGUUAUAUAGAUUUUGGAAACUUUGAGGUCCUUCAUUUAAGUAGACUUCGUCCAAUAAUUCCCAAAUUAGUGGAGUUACCAAUGCAGGCUAUGAAGUGUAUGCUAGCAGGUAUAAAGCCAGUGUCUGGAAGCUGGUCCACAGAGGCAACGUCUUUCAUGAAAUCACUGGUACAAAAUAAAGUGGUCACCAUAACAGUAGUGGAUAAAAAUGAGAACACUUUUGCAGUAGAACUUACAGAUAAAUCAGUGACUCCAAUGAUAAAUGUGCGUGAAAGCCUUUUAGAGUCUGGAUGUGCAGUGGAAGGAGAUGCCGCCAUCUCAACAGGGCUUGAAGGAAGUACUGGAAUAUUGCAAGAGGUGAAUGAUCAGAAACCAGACAAAGUUGAUUGGGCCUGGAUCACAUUAACACCUAAACAGGUGAUAGAUGUCAUGGUGUGUAUGGUGUACAGCCCCAGAGAGUUCUACUGUCAGAUAUUAAACAACAAUGACCUGAAGGUUCUAAAAGAACUCAAUUCAGCCUUAGCAGAAUAUUGCCAGAAAACAACUCCUUGUGUUUCUAAAAUAGCAAAAGGAGAGCCAUGCUGUGCUUAUUUCUCUGGUGAUGGUAGGUGGUAUCGUGCUUUGGUAGAAGAGUCCACUUCAGAUGAAACUUUUAAAGUUCAGUUUGUGGAUUAUGGAAACAAUGAACUGAUUACUCUGGAUAAACUCAGACAAAUUUCAUCUACAUUUUUGAAACUUCCAUUUCAAGCAAUCAGAUGUUGGUUGUCAGGUGUAAGGCCAAUAAACAAGGACUGGACCACAGAAGCUGUAGUGGCGUUUCAAAUGUACACAGCUGGGAAGAAACUUCAAGCCAGAGUAGUUUCUUUAACCACAGAUGGUGCUGAAGUAGAGCUUAUUGACAGUUCUGCUGGCAGUCCCAUAAUGAUCAGUGAAAUUUUAAUUAACAAACUUUUGGCUUUUAAAAAGGAAGCACCAUCAACUCAGAAUAUGCUGCCGUCUGAAUCUCCAGCCAUUGAUUUCAAAGAAAUGUCCGUAUACACACAGUGGACAACAGAAGAAUAUCCAGUGAAUGAAACCAUAUCUGUCCGUGUGUUACAAGUGAUAAACCCUGGCUUGAUCUAUGUAGUACCAAUGAAAGCCAAAGUGGAUCCACAGAAGCUGCAUGGACUGAUGCUUCAACUUGCAGAUUACUGCACCUCUCCAAACAACCAUGUAUUCAAACCAAAAGUUGGUGAAGCCUGUUGUGCUAGAUUCUCAGGUGAUGACCGUUGGUACCGUGCUGCUGUUCUGGAAGUCUUUGUGUCAGAAGUGAAAGUGGCAUAUGCAGAUUACGGAAAUGUGGAGAUACUACCACUUUCUAGGCUGCUACCUAUAACUGCCCCCUACUUGGAACUACCUUUUCAAAUACUUAAGUGUUCCCUUGCAGGAAUUAUGGAACUGGAUGAAAAGUGGUCUAUAUCUGCAACAGAGAAGCUAAAGGCUCUCUUACUGAAUGAAUGUGUGAUUAUAAAGGUGAAAAAAGUUGCUGAAAAUAUUCAUGCCGUAACAAUGAAUAAAAAUUAUGAAAACAAUAUUCUGAAUGUAGCUGACCAGCUGGUAAUUGAAAACCUAGCAAGACAUAGCAACAGUGAGAAACAGUGUGCAAAGAAGACCAAGUGUUGUUGUACAGAGUUAAAGAAGCAAGUUGCAAGACUUGAAGAGAUUCUUUCUUUUCUUCUGAAAGACCGUUUUGGUGAAGAUAAACUUCCUGAGAUAACUCUAUUGGACAGCUAG